AUGGCCGAGGCCUCCCCCCGGGAGCUCAGCGGCAGGUCCACCGCCAGCUGCGGGCCCGGGGGCGGUACCGCCUGCUUCCUCACCACCUUCCUCCCGGGCAGGAACCGCAAGGUGCCGCUCUUCUUCCCCUUGCUGACAGCCUUGUCCGCCGUCGGGGCAGCCGCCACCUCGGCCGCAUUGACCCCUGUGUUCUCGUCCGCCGCGGUGCUGCUGGCGGCGGCGCCGCCGCCUCCCACGCCGCCCAGCUUCAGCGGCGGCACCUUGACGGCUUGCAGCUGGGAGGCCGCGGCGCGGCCCUUGGGAGGGCGCAGCUCCACCCCCAUGGCAGACAGGAAGGCGGUCAGCUGGUCAGCUGAGAUCUCGCCAGAGGUGAAGCGCGACAGGGCGCCGCUCACGGCCGCCUUAAGCUCCGCCACCUGGCAGGGCGGGCGGUGGAGGGAGAUGGAGGUCGGCGUUUUCGGCCGACAGCCGCUGGUUGACCGCCGCCAGCUGCGAGGCCUCGGCCUCCGUCGCGCUGCAUGUCCUGCGCGGAACAAGGGUGCGAGCGGCGGAGCCAGUGGCGUGGCGGCGGUGCUCCUUCACAUCCCCGUUACCAUUAUUGUGAAGAGCUCGGUGCACCUCGAGCACCGCCGCACCGGCGCCAAUGGCCACCAGGAAGAGCAUGGCGCCACGGGAAGGGCAGCCAUGGCCCGCGCGGCACCUGAUGACGAGCCGCUGACAGGCUGGCAGCGGGUGGGGCGCCUGGCUGGCUACGCCUUCAAGCGGCAGGAGCCCGGGGAAGAGGUGCCCCCUAUGCCUGAGGAGCUUCGGGAGUGGGCCCAGGACACCCUGACCGCCACCCUGGUAGGGCUGGUGUUUGGGGGCGGCAAGCAGUGGAUCGACGAGCGGGGGGCAGGCGCGCCGCAGGCGCCGCCCGGCGCGCCCACCAAGCUGCACGCGGCGCGCGCGAUCGCCGAGGAGAACACGCAGCGGCUGUCGCGGGUGGCCAACGCGUCGGUGCGAGGCGGGCUGCACUUUGGGGGCCUGGCGGCGGCGUUCUAUGCGGUACAGGUGCUGAGCGGGGUGUACCGCGGGCGCCGCGACUUCCUCGACGCGGCGCACGGCGGCAUGGCGGCGGGCGCGCUGUUUGGGCUGUCCCUGCACCGUAGCAUGGGCAUGCGCGCCUCGCCGCUGCGCAGCCUGGUGCUGGGGGCGGCACUGGGGGCCUCCCUGGGCAUCCCGCUGGGACUCCUGCAGGACAAGGUGGCCUCCCUGCUGCCGGAGGAGCACCGCGCGGCACGGCUGCGCCGCCAGCUACACACCGAGGCCGUCAUUGCGGGGACAGUGCGGCCGGAGCGGGUGCGCGCGGCAGAGGCGGCGCGGCCGUACGAUGUGGCGGGAGCGAUCAUCCAGCAGCUGGAGGCCAGCCUGUCUAGCAGCCCCACGCGGCAGCAGCAGCAGCAGGGGCAGCAGGGGCAGAAGGGGCGGCCGUGA